UUCCUUUAUAAUUUGUCUCAUCUAAUAUCGUUUUACCCGUGUCCUUUUAAUGAGCUUAUUUUUAGUUCACAAUUCUUGCUUUUUCACAUGUAUUACCGCCGCUGGAUAUUUUAAUAGAUCAUUUCCUAUACAGUCAGCCUGAUGCUAUUCCCAAAUUUCGAACAAAUGCAGAUCAUAGCUGACGAAGUAAACAUGGAACAAAAGCUGCUGCAGUCAGCUGGUCUAAUUUCCUAAAUAGCUUCUAUCAAUCCCCUUCCUUCUUCUCUUUUUUUGCACAAAUUCAGAUGGCUAUUUCUCUCCUUCACCACAAUGAACAUAAAUAUAGGUCGUCUUUUAUGGGAGCAAUUUGACACAUGACACAAGCCAUGUGCAUCACUUCCUCUAGUCUUGCUUUGUCCGCCCGCCUUUAUUUGUCUAUAAUGAAAGCCCACACAGUUAUUCGCACACUUUUAUUGCGGCUCUAUCGGUAGCUGGUGGAGACUUGCCGAGUCACGGGGGCCCCCUAAUACUCUGAGAACCCCGUGGUGUCUGUCUGCAUGGGGCUGAUAGUGUGAGACGCCUGGCUAAACUCCACCAGGCCAAUCCCUGCUUCACAAGCCUGCCCAGCUGGCUCGGCUGGUCUGCCACAGACUCAACUUUGUUUCCACUCAGGACAGGAGGGGCUGUGUCUCCAUAACACAAAGGCUACUAAGCCACUGGGGGUAGACACCUACAUGGAAAGAUGGAUGGAUGGAUGGGGGGUCAAGCCCAUGUCCAGACCAGGCUAAACCCCCUGCCUGGUGGUCAGAGGUGUGAGGAGAAGUGUAUGUCCCAUGUUGCAUUAGUGUCCGUGUGAAAUGCUGGCCUGUCUGCCGGUGCCAGGUGAUCUCCCCCUCCAGCUUCUCCCCCACACGCAGAUGAACACUGGACUUCAGAAAUGGGACACCACACAAAGGAUGAGAUCCACUCCGUUUCCAACCCCUGCAGAAUUGGAUGCAUAUGCUAAGAAGGUUGCCAACCACCCCCUCACCAUCAAAAUAUUCCCUAACAGCGUCAAGGUCCCCCAGCGAAACCACGUGCGGCGCACAGUGAACGGGCUGGAUACGUCAGGCCAGCGCUACAGCCCUUACCCUUCGUCUCAGGUCAUUGCAAAAACAGGCCUCCUUGCAAUCAUCAAGGGGCCUACAGUCAAAGGCGUCCUAAAAGAUUUUGACGGCAGCCGGGCACGCUUACACCCUGAAGUCAUCAUGAACCAUCCCACUGGUCCCUACCAAGUGGCUUCGACCAGCACUUUAAAUCACCACCCACCUCUGCCGAACCUUCACCUGACUCAGCAUAACUUAACCCUUCAACAACAGGACCCACCUCAGGCUUUACAGAUGCCCCUUCCUCAGCACCAGGGUCACACCCAGAGCCUCAGACACCCUCCCCAUAUGGCCCAGCACCCUCAGGGCCCACCUAGACUUCAGACUAUGUCUCAGCAUCCAGCUCUUGGCCAUCCACAGGGGCCCCCUACUGUCAUGCUUCAGCAGCAGCACCUUCAGCAGCAGCAGCAGCAGCAGCAGCAGCAGCCGGCACUUUGUCUACAGGGGGGCAGAAAGCCACCAGAUGGCGAUGCACCUCCUAAUGUUACAGUCUCUACCUCAACCAUUCCACUCUCAAUGGCUACCGGGCUGCACCCGGGCCGCCAGGCCGACUUGAGCACCAUUGUGCAUCAGAUCAACCAGUUCUGCCAAGCUCGAGCCCAAGGUGCAGGAGCAACCUCCAUGUGUGAGGGCCAGAUCGCCAACCCCAGCCCUAUUAGUCGGAACCUGCUUAUCAGCGCCUGCUCCAGGGUCUCGAUGCACAGCCACCCUGGCACCCCUGGCUUCCCCCCACCCAACUGCAUUAUUUGCCCUCAAGAGAAAGCCACGGUCCCAAUAGGAGCUCAUCUUCCACCUGGCAUGACUGCUAUGAACCACUUGCCUUCCAGCCACUCUGAUCUCAAGCAGCAGCACCAACUGCAGCAUCAUCUGCAUCAACAACAGAAUCAGCAGCAACAACAGAUACAACAUAACACACAGCAGCAGAAGAUGCUCUCUUGGAAUCCGCACCAGAUGGCUCAUGUACCCCACAUUCAAAAUGGUGGGACCCACAUCUGCAAGCAGCCUUCCAGGGACCCCACCUUCCAUUUUAAGGGCAUGGGCUACCCCGCAGAGAUAUGUGGGGGUCAGCCUUACACACUGAAGCCUCCUGUAGAGAGGCCCACCCCCUCUCCCCCAGUCAAUAACAACUGCAUGCCUGGUCCCAUGGCUCACUACACUAAUGGUCAUUACUUCCAGUCUCACAUUUGGAACAGCAGCAUCCUUCCCACACCCAACAGUGACAGCUCCGGGUCUCAGGACAUAGCCAUGCCAUUCCAUGGUGCAGGCCCAGGGGGUUGCACCACACUAGACUGUGGGCCCCCUGGGGCUACCCAUUACAGGCUAGGAGCGAGCUCCUCCUCCAUCUCUUCCUCCGCCCAGACUACUCUGAUACAAACAGCAGAUUACUUGGGUGGGGACUUCCAGACGCCCUAUUUCUGUGAUCAGAAUCUAGGGUUGAUGGGCAAGAUGCACAGGCCUUCUCUGAGCCGGGUAGGUCCAGAGGUUGGGGAUGGCAGAACCGCUCUCAUCCAGCACCCAGGGUACAGAUAAGCUAUGGCCUUGUCUACACAACAGUUAUCAAACCCCUUUGUUUAGUCUUAAGAAAGGAAACACAAGAAGAAAAUUUAGUUGAUAACUUAAGCAAAUUACCGCUUAUGUUAAAGAGGUUAAAUUAAUAUAUUUAAUGAAGAACAGUAUUUUUUUGUUCUUUUGUUCUUUUUUUUUUUAAAUAAAUCUUGCAAGUGAUCAAUUGCUACAUUUAUUUUUGUUGAUGAGUGCAUUUAUCGAGCACUUUAGGGAACUUUUUCAUGUACGUGUGUGUACAUGUCUGUACUGUGUGUGUGUCAUUCCCUUCUUCCUCCUCUUCUAUCACACUUGCCUAUUUGUGUGCCUGGAUCUACAGAUCCUGUGUUAUUUCAACUUAAGAUCUACCGAUAAUAUUUUCUUAUGCAUGAAGAAAAGAAGAAGAAAAACAAAUAGAUGGCCCAUUAAAAAACUCUAAUGUUUUUACAGGGUCUUGUCAGGAUUAUUUUGUUUUAGACAAGUGACUAAUUCUAAUUUUGGUGUCAAUGCUCAAAUUUCGUAGUAGCUUGAUUGAACACAAUCAUUAGAGAGUAAUGAUCUUGUUUCAAUGCAAAGCGAUCAGACACUGGAGAUAGUAGUACAGCUUGCGUUAUGCACACGUACACAGUGGUUUUAUUCUUUUUAAAUAUAACUAUUUAUUUGUAUAAUGGGACUAUUCAACAUUGAUUCCUUUCUAUUGGUUAAGGCUACAUGUAAUCAAGUUGCAUGUACAUAGUUGUGAUCCAGCAGGGAGCAAAUAUGUUAAAUAGGUGAUGCUCUGUUCUGCUUACAAUGCUGCAAUGAAUUCAGGUGUUUUAAAAAAAAAAAAGAAGACUUGUUAAUGCCAGGAAGGUUUGGCAACAACAUUGUGAAGUACGCUCAUACCUUCAAACGGCCAAAGUCAGGUUCACAAAGACACACUGUUAUGAAGAUGCCAUUUUAUUUUGUUUCCUUUUCAGAUCAUUUUUUGUAACCAUGACAAAUGUAAUACUUGAAUGUUGAGAUUAUUGAAGGGGAUCGGUUAGUUUUGAGGACAGAACUCUGGACUAUAGGAAGUGAUGGUGUUAUCAAAUGUCCCAUAGAAUCGAACUACCAGUCGAGCCAGAGUUUUGAUCCAGACAGCAGGAACUUAAGUGGAUUAAGUUAUGUGCAGUUGCUACUGAUUUUGAUGUGAAGUCUGUCUGGAAAGACCAAAUUGAUCACUUGCAAGAUCACUUGGAGGUAAACAAAACUGACCUUUUGAGUUUAAAGUGAAACAGCAAAUGCAUUGUUUAUUUUAUUGUACACUGGCUUACCUACUAGACUACUGUAACUUAAAAAAUGUAAUGAUUGUGUGUGGAUGUUGCCUGCUGAUGUGGGUAGACUUCAGGGUGUGUAUGUGUGUAGGAGAGAGAUUGAGAGAGAGUGGUUGUGUGUGUGUAUAGAAACACAAUGAUGCCCAUGUUUUAUUCACCUAACUCCCUAACAGCCCUUAAAAAGCCUUAAGUGUUUGGUCCUUGGACUUUCCUUUGCAAAUGAGCAUGGUUUUGACGAAAACCCCAAACAAUAAGGUGAAGGAAGACAGUAAGGAUACACAGAAAUAGCAUUUCUUUUCUUCCUGAUCUUUUUAUUUUGAUGUUUUGUUGAAUAGACAGACAAUUCCUUAGAAAUUCUUUAUUACGGAAAGCGAUAAAAGGAGUAAUAUUUUGUAAUUAUAUAUUUUAGCAAUGUGUAGUUACAGGGCUGUAACUUUUUUUUUUUUUUCAAGUUUCAAAGCUUCAGUUUGCAGUUGUGACUAUUUAUAAUACUUGAUUUGCUUGUUAUUUAAAUUAAAUUUUUCUCCUUUGUUUCUUGUACUAUUGCUGUGAAAAGGAAGAAGGUCCACAAGCCUUUUUUUUUGUCAUUCUGUACUAGAGAUAAGAGGCGAGUGCGUGAGAGUUGUGCUACUCUUUUUGUAAUAUUGUAAUAAUAAAAUAAAGUUCUAAUUUAUGCUUUGA